AGUUGAAUUUCAGUUUUCUAUUGGAUAUAACACGGCUUGAAAUCGUUCGUAAAAAGAAAAAAAAACCUUCAGUGGAAACACCAGCCCAGCUACAAGCCAAGAGAAAGAGAGAAAAAUAAAUUGUUGUGCAAAGUCCCAUCGAAAAGCAAAGCGAAAAGUUUAGUUUUUAAUAUUUUUUCCUUACGAGAAAAGCGAGUCAAGAAGUUAAAAAAAUUUGUGUAAUCUUCAAUACACAGUGAUACAUCUUUGUAAUAAUAUUAAUAAACUGUUUACGUAUAUUUCUUCUCUGCUAAAAAAAAGUCUAAAUCAUUCUUAGAAUAUUUGCAAAAUAAAUAAUAUUACAUAAAAAGAAAAAGAGAAUCGAGAGAGAAUAUCUAAUAAAAAAAAGAAAAAUAAAUCAGGAAAAAAGUAAGAAAGGAAAGCGAUUUUCUUGGCUUAAUAAAAAAAAUAAAAUAAAAUACGCGGAGCAGUGAAAAAGUCAUUUCGCUAGAAAUUCUUCGAAAACAAAACGUCUUAAAAUUUUUUUUCUUCAAGUGUAAAUAAAGAAUCACGAAUUGCUGUAUAAAAAAUGAGUAUUGCAGUGCUUAUUGAAGCGGCUGAAUUUUUGGAAAGACGUGAAAGAGAGCAAGAGCAUGGAUACGCAACUAGUUUACCCGUUCCGCUUGAGACAACGAAACUUCGAGCGACGACAGCGACUAUUAAAAAACAUUCAAGGGGUGGCAAUAAGAAAACACAGGGGAAUAGGUCAACUCACAACGAAUUGGAGAAAAAUAGGAGAGCUCAUUUGCGAAGCUGUUUAGAGAGACUGAAAGAAAUCGUCCCGCUUGGCUCCGAUACGAGUCGACACACGACGCUAGGGCUGCUCACGAAGGCAAAAAGAUUCAUUAAGAAUUUAGAGCGCAAGGAGAAACAUCAAGCGACGCAAUUAGAACAAUUGACAAAAAAGCAAAUAUUUUUGAAAUGGCGUUGUGAACAACUGAUUUCUUACAAUGAAGCGCUCUGUAAGAGACGAUCUGUAUCGGAAUGUUCUACCUCUACCAUAUCGAGUACAAAUUCAUAUGAACUUACUAGAUCAUCGUCAUCUAUCUGUGAAUCAGAUGAGAUCGACGUUAUCGGGUUCAGCAGCAACCAAUCGGAUUCCGAUGAUCAUUUGUCGGUACAGUCACUGAAGUCAGGCGGAUCUGUCGAUAGUGGCGUUGUUUUGAAGUCCACAUCGCGUUUGACUUUAAGCUCCACUGAAAAUGCACAUCCAAUAAAAUUUAUACGUGCCUCUUUAAAAAAGGAUGAAGAUAAAAAUUGUUUAAAAAGGUUUGAGAUGAUGAAGAAGAAGACGAAAAAAAAAGUGAAGAAGUUGUCGCUCUGCAGCAUCAACCAGCGAGGAGAAAUAAAAAUAAAAAUGAGAUAUCAAACAAACAGUUUUUUUUUGUUUUUGUUUUUGUUUCUUUUUUGUAAAAGCUCAGAUGAUGAAAAAAAAAGAAUUGAACUCGACACAACUUUUCAAUUCUUAACUUUGGCGUAUUUUCUUUUUGGACUCGAGACUUUAAUUCAACUCACAGCUGAGAAAACGACUGAAGGUUCUUUUUAA